CAACGGGGUAAUACCUAAGCAAUCGUAUUGCUUUGUUUGACUCUUAAACACUGCUUGACUGAGAACUUGAUUAGUUUCGCUUAUGAAAGCAUAAGAGAAACACUCUCUUUCAUCUUGGUUGGAAAAAACAUUAUUUUAAGGAAGGAAGACUUUUUACGGAGAACGAAGCAAAAUGACGCAAAUUUCAAGGCGAAUGAUGCUUUUCUUUGUUCUUCACUCUUUGCUGAUAAAUCUGGUGCUAACGCAACAGGUAUUUGGUUACAAAAUUUUUAAAAUUAGUUACAAUACCUAAUUCUUUUAUAACUUAUAAAUUCGGGAAGGUAGGUAGGUAGAACUUUGUUUAAACACAAUGAACGACAAACUUAAGCUAUUUUCCACCGCAAAGGCCGGGUGUUUAAAAGAAUUAUAUAUACAGUAUCUGCACGUCUGUCUAUUUCGAAAUUUAAGAAAAUUAAACCUCUGAUGAUUGAGACAAGAUUUCUAAAAAAUAUUUGCAAGUUUAUAAACAAGCUCCUGGGAAACAUACUUUGAAUUUCACGUUAACCCAGGGUUAUGCAAACCGGCUUUUGAAUUUGAACAAUCGGCCCCAGAAAGCUAUAUAAAACAAUUUUGGCAAAACUAUAAGAUGUUGUCAAUGUAUUUAUGCUUUGUUGUGCAACACAUUAGUUAAUAUAAUAUCAAAGUCACCAGCAGCAAUUUUAUUUUCAAAUUCAAAGAGACUUUCUCCUAUCUCUGUCGGCAUAGUGAUUUCCAUAUGUGAAUUCAAGGCUUCUUCGACAUCACUUGGAGUUCAAUUGUGAACCGCUUUGAAGUUCACCGGCCUCCAUAAACUAUGUUUGCAUUCCAUUAAGCUAAGGCCGUAAAUGCGAGCUGGGAUUUGAAGCCUAUUUUUCCCCCUGGAAACAUGAGAUUCGAGGGAUGGGAUUUGCGCACGCCAGCAAAUUUUGCUGAUGGGAAUGGAAUUUGACAAAUCACUAUGUGGGUCGGACAUAUGGAAUUCAGACAAAAUUUUCGCUGAGGAAACAGGAAGAAAUUUAAGAAAUUAAUUUCCCAACCAUGUACAUUCAUCAAUUAUGGCGCAAUUUACAUUGAACAUUUAGCUACACUUUAUUUCACAUUUGGUUACAUCUUUUUCGUUACAAAAUUUACAUAUAUAAUACGGGUAAAAACAAGUAUGCAGAACUUUUAAAGUUGCUUAACAAUGAUUGAUCAAGACAACAGUGGGUACAACAUGAAUUUCAGAGUGCUAGUCAUGCGAGGUAUUAUGAUUUGGUAAGGCUUAAAAUCGUGUGUCCAACUUUCAUGGCAGAAAAUGUUUUUGAAUCAAUGUUGUUUGUCUUUCAAAUUAGUCUAAUUUGACACUGACGCACAUUAUUGAUCAAAAAGGUCGUGAAGUGGGAGGGGGGAAGGGAUUCAAACUAGGUUAAUGUGUCCUUGUGCAGGGUCAACGUUAAAUAUUUUCUUUUGCUAUUGUUUUACGUGCAUGGACAGUACCAGCACGAGAUGUUUGUUUCGGCUAUUGGUACAGAACUUUCUAGCACUUACAUUAUGACGAUCAAUAGAGAAUGUUUCUUUAGUGAGGGCCGUUUCCCAGAGGUUUUUCGGGAGUCGAGAAGGACCAAAUCAUAUUGAGAACACGGAAAUAUAGCCAAAAUAAUUGUAAAGAACAAGAGAACAUGUAAUCUGGGCGAACAAAAGAAUUUUGUGAAAAUUUUUGGGAAUACAGAAAUCCACCCCCAGCCCCCUCCCCCGCUGGAAGACCCUCUCUUAAUCGUUAAGCCAUUUCUAGCAUGUUCAAAACCCGUUCAACUUCCACUGUUUGUAUCUCCAUCAAAAUAUCUUUGAAGUUUGUCAGUUUGCCUAACCAUGUCCUUAUCAUGUUUAUAAUCUCUAGCCCCAAAACAACGUUUGCCUAGAAUGCAAGUAAUGUCGGUUGCCAAUCAAAAUUUUCUGAGGGGGUUAUGCCCCCCCCCCUCCCUGUAUUCUUCUAGAAGUUCGUCGUGCAUUUGCGAGAUGGUCUCACAACAUAAUACUUGCUAGUCAGAUUCUAAAGGUCUAGUGGUGCUCUAAUCACAAAAAAAUUUACAUUGUAUUGUAUCAAUUAAUCGUUAGCAAGGGAAUGGAGAAGCUUUAACAAUGGCAUACCAACCCUAAUGUUAUCUAAUUUUCCAUGUUAAUUGACAGUAAUUAAUUCUGCCAAUUAUGAUCAGUAAAUUCGGUUCAAUGUCCAUAAUAGUAUAUUUUAAAUUACAAUAAUGUAUUACGUAAUUAAGUGACAUCUCAAAUUAAUCGUAUACUACUUAAUUUACUUGCUUUAUCUGUGCCAUGCAUAUUGAUAGCACUUGUAAGACGACAGAUUGAGAGAUAUUUUUUAGGUGGUUGUAUCUCUUUCAAUCGCAGUUAUCUUGGCACCAACAUGCAGUUCAAGACUACUUAAAUGUAACAAUGUUAUCUUAUCAGCCGCGACGUGUAGUAGUUGAUGCUAUACUUAAGGCAAAUUAUAUCUGAUAUUUAGUUCUGCCAAUUAACUGAGCAAAUUUGAUAUACAUGCAGCUAAUUCAAAAACUGCUUGUGAUGUUACUCUGAGUGUAUAUCCACACUCAGUGUGGAUAUAAAGUGUGGAUAUACACUCAGAGUAACAUCCAGGGCCGUCCUCAGGGAAUUCUUCAGUGGGGUGUAAGGUCAUUUCAACCGACUGACGAAAAAAUUUUUUUCGGAGACCAACAAACCUCCCCCCCGUCGACAACUUUUUAGGAAAAAAAAUUUUCCGGACGAGUACGUUGCAAAUGCUUUCCGGUAACUUUACCUCAAUUUUUCAUACAAAAAUUCGGAAAUUUACCCAAAAAGCCUAAAUAUCUUGCUCUUUGCGCGGAAAUAUUUAGCCCAAAUAGCAGUCCUACCGACUGAAUAGCAGUCCUACCGACUUAUAGCAGUCCUGCCGACUGAAUAACAUUUCUGGGGGUGUCACCCCGCCCCACAUCCCCCGUAUCUCCGGCCUUCGUAACAUCACAGGCAUCUUAUUCGCAUGAGUACAUUACACCAACACAGAAAACAUCAUAAUUGAAAAAAGUCGUCCUUUGCAAAACUUUAAGACUUUAAUUCCAAACCCUAAACCUCAAACUCUAAACGUGAAAAGCAUAAUAGGAGCAUCAUUUAAUCAGUUUAGAAAUCAUGUAUGGGUAAGUAGUAAAUGGCAUGGUAAAUAUCUCCUUACAUUAAGCAUGGAUAAUAAAAUAAAUGGAUAGGAAACUAGCUGACGUGACCUAAUGUUUUUACUGGGAUUGAUGGCGUGGCUGGGUGCCUCAACCUAGUUGAAAAUCAAAUUCUCAAAAAUGGCAUGUUUAGCAAUAAUACAGCUAAAUAUUUUAGUCAAAGAGCAAAUAAAUGUAACCACGCCAUUCUACGAUGAAAACUCUAAGUAUUCCCAGUCAAUUUUAGCAAAUAUUUCAAGCACUAAACAGUGAAAAAUACAUCGCAAAUUUCGUUAAAAUUUGUGACGCCAAUUUCGUAGCUACAAAUGUAAAAAAACACAAAACAAAGACGAAAAACAUUUACCUUGAAUACUUUGUCGUGGCUUAGGCAUGUUUUUAAAACAAUUAGUCCAGUUUACGCUUCAAGAUCACCCUUUUAAAGUGGAAAAUAUAGCAAAACAACAAAAAUGCUGAGAACUUUGGUAACAUUCGCAAUACGCGUGACGUCACGUUUUUCAACAAGGAUGCAGUCAAUGACGUCAGAAGUUUCCAAUCCAUUUAUUUUAUUAUCCAUGCAUUAAGCUUGAAACUUGUGCUCCCAUUAAGCUUCGCGCGCUUAAAGUUUAAGGUUUAAGGCAUAGAUAUCUUAUAUACACUAGAUAGCGCAUCUCUUUUAGUAAAAUUGAAGCCAAGAAUAUUCCAGCGGUUACCCCCAUUUGAAUAGAUGACGGCCAUGUUGGUCGUUCCCACUUGCUAAUAAACGCUUAAAAACAACAAUAACGUUCAUCAUUUGAAUAGCUUAAAAACGUAUUUGGAAAUGGCUUAACUUAAUGUUUAAGUUCCCUGUUUAAGAAGUAGAAAACAUACGAAUCUCCUCAUUUCAUGGGAACGACCUGAGACUGCAAUCACGGCUUCAAUUUUUGUAUUGCAGAAUAAUUAGAUGCACUAUCUAGUGUAUAUAAAAUAUCUAUGGUUUAAGGUUUAGAGUUUGAAGGUUUGCAAAGGACAACCUUUUUUGAAUUAGCUGUAUAAGUGGAUCUUUACUAAUAAGCAUUAUCAGUUAUACCAUUCAGCUGGUCACCCGAGCCAGUGCUGCUAUACCACAUCAAAAACUAAACCCAAACUAGCUUUAUCAGUUCUAAACAUGCAGUUCUCCCGCCACUUCUUCGCCUUUGUAAUCCAAUCUAAACUAAACAAUCUUUAUUUAUACUAGAUAACUCUACCGUUUCUGGAUAAUUAUCCACCUGUGAAGUUCAGUAAAGACACUUAAAGGGACCGGCCAUUACUUAUGGCGGGGGGAGGGUGGGGAGUGGCACCGAACUGACCGAAGAGAAAAGGGUUGGGUAAACAAAAUUUUGAAUGAGUAAAAGGUUGGGUAAAUGAAAAACGAAACAAUGUAAGAGUUGGGUAAUAAAAGAAAGCAUGCAAUGCAAUAUGCAGACUCAAGUAUUGCCUAUCGGUACUAAAAAGCAAUGCCAACAGUUAUAUGUCAAACACAUUAAUAUUUAAAUCAAUUAAUCAGAGUCACUAUCUUGAUCAUUUUCCGAUUAGUCAGGAGGCAAGUUGUGUCUCCAAAGAAGGUACAUGUGCAGAAACGCAACGAAACUUUAGACUACAGAAAAUUGCACAAGCAGUUAUGAAACUUGUGUCAUAGAAGUGGUAAAAGACAUGUGUGACAACGAAAUGGUAUCCUUUUGUAAAAUUUUGGCCAGGGAUGGGUAUUUAGUUUUUAAUUGAUAUUUGAGGUGGAAAAUUUUUGAAUUUUUAAUGGCUGGAUCAGCAAAAUGUUUACCAAGGAAAACAUUUCUAUUCGUUGCCACCUCCUGCUAUGAACAAUGAGUCAAUGACCUGCCCUAUUUCCUUUUUGCCAGCGAAUAGUGUGAUUCUAUUGACGAAAAUGUAUAUUGUAGGAUUAAAGCGCGUUCUAACCUCGGUCAAGAAGUUUUAAUAGAGUUAUGUUUUUAUUCCGGAAGUACUUUCAAUAUGGUAUUCAAUCGAUCAUAGCUAUUCUUGCUCACCUGACUAAGGACGUUGAGAGAUUACUAGACUUGACUGCUGUGAAAAUAAGCUCAUCUUAAUUAUCGUUGAACUUGCCGUUUACCUUAAGUCUCGCUUAUUUUACAUUGAAUUGAUCCAAACUGUGUCCCUGCUGCUUUUAACAAACUAUAUUUCUUCAGGAAGAAAAUUCGCCAGGAACUUGUAUUGUCAGAGACGGCCGCGACGGUGGGUAAUUAUUGCAUUAAAAUGCAUAUGCCAGACAGUAUACCACACAUGAAACCGUUUAUGUCUUAAAUUAAACGAUAAAACGUGUACGCCUGUAUUCUAAAAGCUCACUCACGCUUACUGGCACUCAAAGAGUGGAGGUUCAAUCUGAGUGUCAAUGCUGUUUUUGAAUAUAGCUGUAGCGGGACGGAGGGUUAGUGUGACGUACCUAACUAUGUGACAAAUCACCCUCCAGCUAUUAAAAAACAGCAUGGCCAGCAUAUUAACACUCACGGGAAGAUCAGGACCUCCACUCUUUGAGUGCACAUAAUUUCUUUUGGAGAUCAUAUUUCUAUAUAUACAUGAACUUACGGUUACAGCUCAACAGCUGGCCUCUGUAGCUCAGUUGGUUAGAGUGCUGCACCGGAAUCGCAGGGCCGUAGGUUCAAUUCCUACCAGAGGACCUUGUGCUGCAUUUUUCGCAGUCGUUCCUGGUUAGGUCUUAAAAUGUAUAUUAUUCUCACUUGGAUUACAAACCCUAACAUUCUAACAUUAAUUUCACCAAGUGAAGUGCAAGAAUCCAUCAUUGAAGUCCACCUAUUUUCAUGUUUCGCUGUUUCGAAAUUUCAUUUUCUCUAAUCAGUAAAGCAAUGUGUAUAAAUUUCCACUUGAUAAUAUCCAUCCAAAACCCUUCAAAUAAACAGUAUAGUCUAUAUUCUGACGUAGAGCAUAGUAAAAUACAGUAGCGGGAAAAUGUUGAGCAUGGCCCACGGUUUAUUCUACCGGCACUUUUCAUCAUAUUUCAGUUCCCAAUGUUUUAUCCCUAAGAGUAUGUUAUGUGAAUAAAGAAUCAGCAGAGUAGUAUGUGAGCCAUCCUCCCAAUUUCGAUGUGACUCCUCUUUAGGUAACAUGGCUCUGUAUUCGAAAUUAAAGUUGCAGUAAAGAAUGCUUUAUGUAUUGUAUAGGAAUAGCCUUUAUGCUUUCAUUAACUAGAACGUUUGCCAAAACAAAAGUAUUAAGUUGUUUAUGUUACUCUGAGUGUAUAUCCACACCGGGCGAGCUUGAAAAAUAUGCUCGGACACGGUGGGAAGCUCGCCCGGUAUGGAUAUACACUCAGAGUAACAUAACAAACAUCAUAUUCGCCUGAGUACACAACACCAACACAGAAAAAAGUAUUAAGUAUACUCAAUAAUUUGAGCUAUCUCAAGUAUUUAUAGCAACGAAGCUAAAGCACUCUUCUAUUUCAUAAUUCAUAUAGGAGUCCCAGGUCCCCCUGGAGCUGCCGGUCGUCCGGGCAGCCCCGGAAGAGACGGAAGAGAUUGCACCAUUAACUGGUCAUUGAAUAGGGUAAGUUUUGGAACACUGUUUAACCAUUGCGCUGUUGCACCAGACACUUGCCGGCUUUGAUCUCAGAAAUCAAUAUAUGCCAGGGUUGUCACAUGUUCUUGAUUGAAAUAAUUUUCUGUUCAGGUAUUUGAUAUGGAAAAACGUCUUCGCGAGCUCGAUUCAAAAUGUCAGUUCAUGGUGAAAGAGACAGAAGAGAUGAAAAAAGAACUGGGAACGAGUAAACAACAAGCGCAACAAUUGUUGCGAAUUUUGGCAGCGAAGAAAAUUUUAGAUUCAGGUACAUGCAAUCGCAAAGCGAAAUAUUAAUCGUAAAAUUAAGACAAAAGAUACCGUUACUCUGCAUGUGGCCGGAGUUUCCGGGUUUGAUUCAUACAGUAGGGAGUUUAAUUAAGCUUCACGUUUCCGGGAACGGCAAAUGGCAGGUUCGACUUUUCUUGGCAAAAUUUUCGUUGAACGUUUUCGUUUCAUAUUUUGUUUCUUGUGUCGAAAGAAUAAUUAUGUAUUUCAGUUUUAAAACAGCAAGUUAAUUUACUCUUUAUUGCCUGAUACCGUAAAAUUUUUCUUUGCCUGCAGUUUGCCGUUUUACGUAUAACGCGAAGCUUAAACUCUCUAAUAUAGUCAAUAUGCAGUAUACAGUCGUCAAAUCAAGGCUCUGGUCACCUCCGGGCCCCAGUGAUAUAUAUUCGACGGUUAUGGAACAGUCACAGCUACCCAAUCGGCAAAUUGUGUUAGUUUACACUGUUUAAAUUAACCCCCCUCCCUCCACAUUUCAAAUUACGGAUUUCUUUUUAAAAACUGUCCAUUAUACGGAGAGUACUGUCAAAUACAUGCCAAAUAACAGAUUUCUUUUUAAAUACUGAAAUUUACGAUUAUAGAAAACUUGCUCUAAAAACUGAAAUAGGUAUACAUUAUUAACAGUGUAGUUUACAUUUUCUUCCUGUACUAACACUGCAUGGGCAAAUGAAUAAUGGAUGAUGAUCCUUAAACCCAGCUUAUAUGAUACCGAUAAAGAGUACAGGGACGGCUCAGUAUCGGGAUCCUGGUCGUAAAAUCUGAACUCAGUGGAGUGUUUAUAUGAUCCCUCUCCCACCCCGACCCGUUUGAGUGGGGUCCCGGCAUCUGUUGUUGAGAAUUCGCCAGGCUGGAACCACCUUGGGCUGGAACGACAAAUAUCUCAUGAAAUUUGCCUUCCGAGCACGGCUAAAUCUUUUUUCGGCGAAGAUAAGCAAGGUUUCAUCCCAGCAAUGGUUUUGUUUAUAUAAUAACGCCAUCUUUCCUAGGCGUGUUUCCCUUCCCAUCUUUCAUAGGCGGGAUGAAAAAGUGAUUAAGCUAUCAAUUGCAAUUACUGUACAUUAAUUAAGAAAGCAACUGUCAAAUGCAGUGAAUGAGUACCCACCCUCUGACGACUAGAGUACAAAACAAAUCUAUUAUAGUCAAUAUAUGUUGAGAAUUGUUAUUUUAUGUUAUUUUUCCAGACUCUCUUAUCCGGCAAACCACGUACGACAUUAUCCCUACACCAGGGGAAGCCUUAACACAGGCUGACAUCGUUCCAUCCACCCGAGAACCAACAACAUUCACCACCCCCGUAUUUUCCACAUUGCCGGAAUCUACCGCCAGUCAAAGCUGCAAGAAACGGCUGGCAUUCCAUAUCCACGACAAAGUCGAAACCCGGGGGGCCGUGAACAUGGAAGUAUUUAACAUAGAAAACAGCACAUUCCUCGCUGUGGCAAAUUUCCAUCUGCCUGGGGACGGUUACAGCACUGACUCGUUUAUUUACAAAAUGAACCCGAAUACAGAAAUGUUCGAAAUCCUACAAACGCUGCCUACGAUUGGCUGUCGUUCGAUGACGUAUUUCUCCGACAGUGGGGAUUCGUACCUAGUCGUCACGAACCACUUCGACGGUAGUACGCAUACAUUAGACUCGGUCAUCUACAAGUGGAAUGGGACCGAGUUUGUGAACUACACCAAAAUCAAAACGCACGGAGCGUCGGCUGCGCAGUUUUUCAACAUCAACGGUGAAAGUUUCCUGGCGUUUGCAAACUAUCGCAACAACACAAGGGUUUCGAUAUUUUCGAUAGUUUACAAAUGGAACAAGGGAAGACUUGAAGUCUUUCAGAAGUUGCCGACGCACGGAGCAGUCGACUGUAAAUUCCACCGCAGCAAAGAAGGGCAAAUCUUCUUGGUUUUCGCGAAUUAUUACAAGCUCAACGAGGGAUUCAACGUGAAAUCGGUGGUUUAUAAAUGGGACGGGCAACGUUUCGUUUUCGCUCAGAAUGUCGAAGCAUCGGCGGCUAUGAGCGUGGAUUUGUUCGAAAGUGACGAAGGGUUGUUUUUGGCUCUUGCCAGCCAUCGCACAGCGAGCACCUGGCAUUCUCAUACAAACGUGUAUCGAUGGAAUGGAACGUCGUUCGUUUCGUUUCAAGAAUUGGAAACUACUGCAGCAAUAAAGGUAAUUAAACUUCUUUACCAAUGGACAAUUUUAAGAAAUAUAAGACAGAAAAAACAUACGUUACAGAAACUCCAUAUUUUCAAAAAUUUUCGUUCGGCCCGUGAACCGACAUAAAAUCGUUUGAUUUUGAAUAUAUACAAAAGUGCCCCUUUUCGAAAUGCUUCCGCGGCUUCUGAUUUGGUAUCAGUCAGUGAGCACGUUCUUGAGCAAGCUUGUAUGUUCCAAAAUCCAGCAAUAUGCUCAUGAGCAUGAUUAUCAGACUGACAGCUUGUAGUCGUGAUUGGUAUCCUCAUGAGCAAUUGCAAGCUCGUUUAUGUUUCAAAGUCCAGUAAAAUUCUCUAGCGUGCUCAUAAGGAUACCAGAUUUGGUACAGUGGUCGCGGAACCGGGGGAGCAAUCCACAUUGCCCAUUGCAUGUGCCCCCUCCCUCCCCACUUCUUCAGGCCUCCAUAUCUAAACAAAGUUCAACAACUAUAACAGAAUGGUUUGCCAUAGUGUAGCUACCAACUACGGAACAAUACGCUUUGGCAUUCCGCGGAUACAAAUCGAAACGCUAUGCUAAAUUUGCUGCAUCGUUAUAUAGUGUAAAUUAACACGGUCUCGUGGCGACUAACGAGAAUCUAUCAUUCAUUCAUUGCUUUUCAUUUUUUUAAGGUAAACCAUUUCGUUGCCGACGGCACGCUGUAUCUGACUAUCGCAAACUAUUUUGACGAAAUCACAAACUUUCAAACUCAUUCCAUGGUGUAUAAAUACAAAAAUGACCGUUUUGUCAAAUUCCAAGGGAUCUCGACAAUGGGCGCUUACGAUUUGCAGCCGUAUACCUACCGAGGAGUUACGUACCUUGCCGCAGCAUUCCGAUUCAAUGGCAAACACGGAAGUCUGAAGAGCAAAAUUUAUAAGAUGUACAUAGGAUGUGUUGCCAGAGAAGACGCUUUGCCAUGAUCUGAAUUUUGAAUUCAAGUAAAUUACUUUACGUUUUGUAGUGAAUACCGCUUUAUAACACUAACUGAAUACAGUAUUUUCUGCUAAACGCAUUUUUGUAGAUGAACAAUAUAUAAAUAGGAUAAAAACUUGAUUUGAAUAAAACAUGAAUAGAACAUUAAAUGUACUAUUAAAUGUACUACAUUUCAAUGUGGAUGACUACUUUAAUCUAAUUAAACGCAGUUUAUAUAAUUAGAUAAUUAAGCGCCUUCAAAGUUAAACUUGCACGAAGGAUAUAUAAUUGCCACUCAUUUCACCCACAUGUAUAUAAGCCUAGUUCACACUAUCGACUUAUCUCCUCCUGGCAAAUGUGAUUGAAUGAGUGAUGUGCAAAAGACUUGAAGAAAUGUUUACUUCCGUUAAGCGAUUUUGUACUUUUUUGCACGAGUUGACUCAUUCCUAUCCAUCAGAAAGACAAAACCAGGCUAUAAUUCGAAUCAGCUUGGUUAGGCCCGCCAAACGUCGCCUUUCUCAUGGAGCGACAGGAAUUCAAACGUUGCUCUUUGUCAUGAGCCGAACCUAAUGCAUCAAUUAUUUUAACCCAUGUUAUAUGUCAUUUAUUUUCAUGUACGUACUUUAUAUAUUUAUGUUAAUCCAUGAUUUACAUUGGGAGAGACACAUUAUGUUCCAAGUUUGAUUUGGCACCAUUCCAACGUCGCCUAAAUUAUAGUGUCGUACCGAAAUAUUUGGCGCAACGUUUGACCCGAGCCUUAGCUUUGUUCGAAUUUAUCCUAAAAUUUUCCAAAUGACUUUUUAUAUGUGAGGGUAAGUUUUCCAGUCAACCGAGGGUAUACGAACAGGCCCUGCCCUGAGUUCUGUAGUUUGUCCCCGCGCUAACAUUCUGAGUGCACUCUUUCUGACGGUGGCUCCAACUCGUGGUAUUCUCGUUCAGGGAAGGGUGGUUUAGCAUCUAACAAUCGAGAUGACAUGACAGCGUUGUCGCCAUCGUCCACUUCCUCGUAAUCCGGUUCGAUGGCUUCAUCAAGUGCCUCGAGCACGUGAUACUUCGGUUGAAUGGGGCAACGAGGCUCGGCGCUCUCUAUGACAAUUGCAUCAUCCUUCGUUAAGUGACAUCUGUAUCUUGGCUCUGAUGAUGGAUUCAUGGAUUCUGAAUAGGAUAAGUAAGAGAAAAGUAUGUGAGAAAAGUAUUGGAAGGACGCU